UCCAUUUUCCCGCAGCAAAUUGGCCCCGGUUUCGUUUGUUGAUGGCUCAAAUGUGAAGGGCGUGAUUGCCUCCUUGUGAAACGGUCUAAAAACACACCUCAAUCAGUCGCCAUUGCCGAAGAAAACCAACUCAAAGACCAUGAGUUAUUGGGAGCAACAGUACCAAUGCAAAGAUGACCCAAAACCGUCGUCUUCCAGGCGCGAUCACCGGUCAGAUCGCUCACAAACGAGCUAUCAAGAAGCAUCCAAAAAGCGACCCCGUUCACCAUCUCCGCCAAAAGUUGCCCCACCCGGUCUCAGCUACUGGGAGCAAAGUUAUCCCACGGAUUCGUCCAGCGCUGACUAUCGGACACCGUCCCGUGUGAAGAGUGAAAGCCAGUCGAGCUCACGAUCAUCUCGCCGCAGGCAGCGAUCGCGUUCUAGAUCUCCCGAUCGCGAUGCGAUCAAGAGUGAAUCUUUUGAGAGAGGUUCCGGGAGUAGUUCGGGAUCGCGUCGGAGGUCUCGAUCUCCGAAGGUGGAAGCAAGCUAUUGGGGGCAGAGCUCGCAGCUUGCUGCCGUGAAGAGUCGGGAACGAUCGCCGAGUCCCUCAUCGAGGCGAAGAUCGCCACCGAAAGAGGUGGAGCAAACUAAUUUGGUAGAUUUCUCCUUCCUGGACCACAAAGCGGCGCUGAAUCGAGUUCUGCUUGGGUACUGCAGUCGGGAUCAGAUUGUGUGCGAUCAACACGACUUCUGGUUGUUUGUCAACAAGUAUGAGGCUUUGCUAAAAAAGUCCGGACAGUGCAUUCUGCCGGAACCGGUAGAUGCGAGGGAGUUGCGAUCGGGAGACGUCAUUGAGGGACGGUAUAGUAAGGCGUUCAGUACGGCGUUGACGUUGACAGUGCCGUUCGAGGAGUUGUUCAGCAGGUUGCAACACUUUGAUCAGAGUGGGAAGAUCGGUGAGCUGAAGUUGCGACAGUUUCUGCAGAUUGUGGUUCACUACUUGGACUUUCGGCAGAAGGAACGGUUUAACAAGUUGAGGAAGUUGCGGCGAGCGCAAGCGAAUCUGCCGGUAGCGAAGCAUCGGGAUGAGAUCGUUGCAGCGGUGCAGAAUGAACGGGUUGUGAUCUUGGCUGGGGAUACCGGCUGCGGGAAGAGUACCCAGGUGCCGCAGUAUCUGUUCCAUGCCGGGUUUGACAAAAUCGCUUGCACUCAACCGAGGAGGAUCGCGUGUAUUUCGCUGGCGAAGCGAGUUGCGCAUGAGAUGUUGUGCGAGUACGGAACUCAGGUCGGGUAUCAGAUCCGGUUCGAGCGGAGUAAGAGUCAGCAGACGAACAUCUUGUUCAUUACGGAGGGUUUACUGUUGAGACAGUUGUCUACCGAGGAGAAGCUAUCGCAGUAUUCAGUGAUUCUGCUGGACGAGGUCCACGAGCGUCACCUGCAUGGAGACUUUCUUCUGGGGAUCACUAAGUGUCUGAUAAGAGCCCGGCCGGACCUGAAGCUGGUACUUAUGUCAGCCACGAUCAACAUCAAGCUGUUCGGGGACUACUUUGCCGAUGAGAAGGCUCAGAUCAUCGAAGUUCCGGGAAGGUUGUUCCCCAUCAAGCUGCACUACAUGCCUCAGAUUCAGGACGUGUCCCUGUUGAGUGCUGGUACGAGCAAGAAAUCCAAGACAAGUGAUCGCAUCAGUCCCGAUCCGUACCUCCAGAUCAUGCAGCUGAUCGAUCAAAAGUAUCCACCAACCGAGAAGGGUGACGUGCUGAUAUUCCUCAGUGGCCUCAACGAAAUCACCACGAUCGUGGACGCCGCCAAAGAGUACGCUGAGAAGAACAAAAACUGGAUCAUUCUCCCGCUGCACAGUACGCUCUCGAUCGCCGAGCAGGACAAGGUGUUCGACUACGCGCCAGAUGGCAGUCGCAAAUGCAUCAUCUCGACCAACAUUGCGGAAACGUCGGUAACGAUCGACGGGAUUCGCUUCGUGAUCGAUUCCGGCAAGGUGAAGGAGAUGAGCUACGAUCCGACCACGAAGAUGCAGCGCCUGAAGGAGUUCUGGAUAUCGAAGGCUUCCUCGGAGCAGCGGAAGGGUCGUGCUGGGCGAACGGGUCCGGGCAUUUGCUACCGGCUGUACUCGGAGAAACAGUUUCAGGACUUUGAGGCGUACACGACGGCGGAGAUACUGAAGGUUCCGCUGGAGUCGCUGCUGCUGCAGAUGAUAUCGAUGGGGUUGCCGAACUCGCGGAUGUUCCCGUUCGUGGAGCCGCCUCCGGCGGACAACAUCGAGAACGCCAUUAUGAACUUGAAGCAUCAUGAAGCGCUGACCAACGAUGAGAAGCUGACGCCGCUGGGCAAGGCACUGGCACGGAUUCCGGUGGACAUCAGCAUCGGGAAGAUGCUGCUGAUGGGUUGCGUGUUCCAGCAGCUUCAGCCGGUGCUGACGCUGGCCGCCGCGUUGAGCGUGCAGUCUCCGUUUACGAAUCGAGCGUAUCGAGAGCCGGAGUGUGAGCGCGCCCGCAAAACCCUCGAAUCGGACCACGGCGAUCCGAUCACGCUGCUGAACGCGUACAAGGAGUGGCUCGAGCUGAAGCAGUGCCGGGUGGACUACCGGAGGGGGGACGAUCAGCGCGAAAACACCAAGAGCUGGUGCCGUCGGCGCGGCCUCGAGGAGCAGCGGUUCUACGAGAUAACCAAGCUGCGUCGGCAGUUCCAGGAUCUGCUGCAGGACUGCGGACUGAUGGAGGCGGCCGGCGAGGAGAACUUGACCAGUUCGGAGCGGGCCAUUCGGCACGGUGAGUUGAAGCAGCUGAAGGAACUGCGGAAGGCGCACCGGAUGGAAGCGCCCCGGAAGCGGCAGCUGCUGAAGUCGGAUCCGUGGGGUUUGGAGGAGGGAGAGGAGGACGAUGGGAAGGUUGAUAUUAGGGAUGUGGAGUUCCGGCUGAGUCACGAUUCGUCCAAGCUGGAUGAGUUGGUUUCGGGGGCUACGGCGUGUAGUUACAGAGAUCUAAUGACGCUGAAGCUGAUCCUGGUUGGUGGAUUGUAUCCACAGGUUGCCAUCGCAGAUGACUACAACUAUUGCAAGGGUCCAACGGAGCAGUUCUUCCACACCAAUGCGAAACCAUACGCCACGCUCCACCCGAUGGGCUACUUUGGCAACAACCACCAGAUUCUUCAGCUGGACGAGCACGACAUCAUCGAAAAGGCCGGACUGUACAAAUCUCGCCAGCCGCUCAGCUCGCGCCACCAGCUACUCUGCUACCUAACGCUGCUCGAAACAAACAAAACCUACCUCAUGAACACGCUCCGGAUGCCGGCAGCGCAAACACUUCUCCUGUUCGCCCACACGAUCGAUACCAACCUGACCUUCUCCCGGAUCAUCUGUGACUCGUGGCUGUGCGUGGACUUCCCCUCCCCCGAAAGUGGCCAACAGCUGCUGCUGAAGGCAUCCAACCUGCGUCGGCUGUGGAACCGGAUGCUGGCGGAGAAGUUGAAGGUCCUCACGCAAACGGCGGACUCCGAGCUAACGAAGGAGGAACGGGGGAAAACGGUCGAGCAGAUGAACUACGAGCUGUGGGCUGAGUUGGCGCAGUUUAUGAACACCGAGGUGUGCUACACGGUCAGGCGGAUGCUGCCGGCGGAUGUGAAAACCAUGUAUAAAGGGCCGUCGUUUGGGGAGGAAACGAUCGAGGUGGAUCCGAACCCGUUUGCGGAGGAGUUCGUUGCGGUGGCGAACGAGGCCAAAGGAGGGGUGCACAUCACGGAGAAUAUCGUGUACGGGUGCAUUACCGAAACGGAGUGGAGCCUAGCCAUGUAUGACGAGAUUGUUUCCACCGACUGGGAAUGCCCGAAUUGUAACUGCUCGUACAACAUCACCGGUCUGCAGAAGUUGCAGCACAAAAUGGUUUGUGUACAAAUUUCUGCCCAAUCAGAGCCAGAACCAGCUACCCCGAUGACCAGUGACCAACAGAAACCCAACUCUAAGCGUCUCGAUUGUCCCGUCUGUGAAAAGACACUGUAUCUUUCGGCGAUUGAAGUGCUGAAACAUCGUAAGGCAUGCACGAAAUCCGUAAAACAAGAAAAGAUCGAUUAGGGUGAGUAUUGGCGUGGAAUGUGUGUGUUUAUUGCUAUACAUUUAUACCAUAAUAGAUCUUUAUUGUUGAAUCACAUAAAA